AUGGACCCGACCCACUACAGCUUCAUUGAGCAAGAUAAUCCAGAGUAUGAUAUUUUACCUGCUGCACCUAAUGUUGCAUAUGGGGCUAGGUAUUUACAAACUGUCAUUUCAGGUUCAAAUAGUAAAAGAAUAACAUUAAGUUGGGUCCGCAGACUGAAAAUUGCUGUUGAUGCUGCAAAAGGGUUGGACUACUUACACUAUGGGAGUGAGCCACGAGUCAUCCACCGGGAUGUGAAGUCCAGCAACAUACUUUUGGACACAGAGAUGAAUGCAAAGGUCUGUGACUUUGGCCUCUCUAAACAAAUAACCCAAGCUGAUGCAACUCAUGUGACUACUGUUGUCAAGGGCACUGCUGGCUAUCUUGAUCCUGAAUAUUAUUCCACCCAACAAUUGACAGAAAAAAGUGAUGUAUACAGUUUUGGGGUUGUUCUUUUGGAGCUCAUUUGUGGUCGAGAACCAUUAAGUCGCUCUGGAACUCCAGACUCCUUUAAUUUGGUUCUAUGGGCCAAGCCAUACUUGCAGGCAGGAGCAUUUGAGAUAGUGGAUGAGAGCUUGAAGGGAAGCUUUGAUGUCGAGAGCAUGAGAAGGGCAGCUUUGAUUGCUUCAAGGUCUGUAGAGAGGGAUGCAUCGCGAAGGCCUAACAUUGCUGCAGUAUUGGCAGAGCUGAAAGAAUCCUACAGCAUUCAGCUCUCAUAUCUUGCUUGUGGUGGACUUCUAAAUUGA